AUGAAGUAGUUAAAAAGAGUUGUUGUGACAGGGAUUGGAGCUGUUUCACCCAUAGGUUUAAAUGCUAGUUCUUCAUGGGAGUCUUUAAUAGCUGGUAAAUCUGGCAUAAUCUCUACUUCUGAAUAUGUUAAAAAAAUUCAAUAAAAUGAUCCUACUAAUAAACUUGCAAAUCCUGAUUAUUGGCCUUUAGAUACUUAUGUUGCAGCUGUACCAGAUGGCUUUGAUAAUUUAAAGAAAUGGAAAGUAGCUUUUUCUACUAAUAAUACUAAUUCUUAUGCUAUGGCAGCUGCUAAUGAAGCUAUUGAAGAUAGUGGUAUUUAAAUAUUGCUUUAAAAUAAUGAGUCAUUAUAAAAUUAAGCUGGUGUAAAUAUCGGAGUUAUGAGCUCUAACAUUAGCAAACUAACAGAAAUAGUUAGAGAAACUGAGAAAAAAGGUUUUUAAAAUUUGAAUCGCUUGACUAUACUUUAAAUUCUUACAAAUAUGGCAACUGCAAAUGUUAGCUUAAAGUAUUAAUUAAAAGGACCGUCAGGGACUGCUUCUACAGCUUGUGCUACUGGUGCUAGUGCUAUAGGCGAUGCUUUUAGAAAUAUUUAAUUUGGAGAUGCUAAAAUUAUGAUUGCAGGAGGUAGUGAAGAUUCGUUAUCUCCAACAAAUGCUUAUGCAUCAAUGAAAUUGUAAGCCAUGACAACUAAAAAGUAUGAUAAACCAGAGUUUGCUAGUAGACCAUUUGAUGCAGAUAGAUCUGGAUUCGUUUUAGGUGAAGGUGCAGGAAUAUUAGUACUUGAAGAACUUUAGCAUGCUUUAUCAAGAAAUGCUAAGAUUUAUGCAGAAUUAGUAUCUUAUGGCUAAUCUUCAGACGGCUAUCAUUUAACUAGACCUAUUGAAACUGGUGAAGGUGGGCUUAGAGCCAUGUAAAACGCUAUUAAUCAUGCUUAAAUUAAUUCAAAUCAAAUAAAUCUUAUAAACUGUCAUGCAACUAGUACACCUGCAGGUGAUUUAGCAGAAAUUGUAGCCAUCAAUAAAUUUUUCGACAAUAAUCUAGAUUCUAUAAAAAAUUGUUUAGUUACUGCUAACAAAGGAGCAAUAGGACAUACUUUUGGAGCAGCAGGAGCAAUAGAAAGUAUAUUUACAAUUUUAUCAAUCAAGAAUGGCAUUUCACCUUUAAUUAAAAACUUACAAAACCCUAUUUCAGAACCAUUUGUUAAUCUGUCAAAAGAAACUGUAUCUCAUGAUAUAAAAUAUGCUCUUAAAAAUUCAUUUGGAUUUGGAGGUGUCAAUGUUUCCCUGCUAUUUAAAAAGUUUGAAUGA